AUGGUAUAUGAUCUAACCAGAUACAUGAGUUAUUCUUCCAUCUCAGAAAUACUAGAAGUCAUUUCUGUGUGGGUUCCAGUUAGCUCAAUUAGUAAAGUCUCUGAUAGUCUUGGUUGCUCAAUUUCCUCAACCCAUCAACCUUUGGGAGUCGUUCGGUUUGGUGAUACCCCACAAUCAUUGCCUUCUCAAUUGGGUCUAACCAAAUUCUCGUAUUGUUUGUUGUCUCACUUUUACGAUGACACAAAGGAGAGCACUGACCUUAUUUUGGACCUUGAUGGUGAAUUAGAAGCAAAAGGCCUUAGCUACACACCAUUGAUCCCAAGCAAGUCUGUCUCUACAGGUUUUCAUUUUUAUGGCUAUCGUUACGUUAUUCUUUUGGAAAUUGUCGUUGGUGAUACGCAUGUUAUGAUUCCAGAUAAAUUUCGUGUGCUAGGACCUGAUGGCAAUGGUGGAACUAUAUUGGACGCAGGGUCACCUUACACGUAUAUGGAAAGGUCAAUUUAUCAAAACGUGUCAGAAGCGUUUGAGAGUCAAAUGGGACGUUAUGCUGGAGCUCCUGACAUUGGUGUUCUUGGGUCAUGUUUCCAACUUAUUCCCAAUGAGGUGUCGUUGUAUUAUCCGCCAUUAACUUUGAUAUUAAUUUGA